AUGUCGGAGAAGGAGGAAGCGAUUUUUCGCUCUGCUGAAAUGGCUUUGGUCCAGUUCUAUAUCCCUCAAGAAAUCUCAAGGGACUCGGCCUACACUUUAGGGCAAGUGGGUCUGGUGCAAUUCCGUGAUUUGAAUUCCAAAGUGCGUGCAUUUCAAAGAACUUUCGUCAACGAAAUUAGAAGACUUGACAAUGUUGAAAGACAGUAUCGUUACUUUUAUUCUCUUUUGAAUAAACACAACAUAAAGCUUUAUGAAGGAGAUACUGACAAGUAUUUGGAUGGCUCUGGUGAAUUGUACGCUCCACCAAGCGGUUCUGUGAUAGACGAUUAUGUUCAAAAUGCCUCUUAUUUGGAAGAAAGAUUGAUACAAAUGGAGGACGCAACUGAUCAAAUCGAACUGCAAAAAAAUGAUUUGGAACAAUACCGCUUUAUUUUGCAAUCAGGGGAUGAGUUCUUCUUGAAGGGUGACAAUAUCGACAGCACUUCCUACAUGGAUGAAGACAUGAUCGAUGCCAAUGGAGAAAACAUUGCAGCUGCCAUUGGUGCAUCUGUCAAUUACGUUACUGGUGUGAUCUCAAGAGAGAAAGUUGCAACUUUAGAACAAAUUCUUUGGAGAGUUCUAAGAGGUAACCUUUUCUUUAAAACUGUUGAAAUCACGGAACCUGUGUACGACGUCAAGACCAAAGAAUACAAACAAAAGAAUGCCUUUAUUAUAUUCUCUCACGGUGACCUAAUCAUCAAAAGAAUUAGAAAAAUUGCAGAAUCUCUAGAUGCCAAUUUGUACGAAGUUGAUUCUUCCAAUGAAGGUAGAGCUCAACAAUUGAUGAAAGUCAACAAGAGCUUGAGUGAUUUGUACACUGUUUUGAAAACCACUUCCACUACUUUAGAAAGCGAAUUGUAUGCUAUUGCGAAGGAAUUGGACUCUUGGUUUCAGGACAUUACUCGUGAGAAGUCCGUUUUUGAAAUUUUGAACAAAUCUAACUUUGAUACGAACAGAAAGAUUUUAAUUGCUGAAGGUUGGAUUCCAAAGGAUGAAUUGGCCACUUUACAAGCCCGUCUUGGCGAAAUGAUUUCAAGAUUGGGUAUUGAUGUGCCAUCCAUCAUCCAAGUAUUGGAUACCAACCAUACACCACCUACUUUCCAUAGAACCAACAAGUUUACUUCUGGUUUCCAAAAUAUCUGUGACUGUUAUGGUAUUGCGCAAUACAGAGAAAUUAAUGCUGGUUUACCCACAAUCGUCACUUUCCCAUUCAUGUUUGCUAUCAUGUUUGGUGAUAUUGGUCACGGGUUCUUGAUGUUUUUAGCCGCAUUAGCUCUUGUUUUGAAUGAAAGUAAAAUCAACAAAAUGAAAAGAGGCGAAAUCUUUGACAUGGCUUAUUCAGGUAGAUACAUCAUUUUGUUGAUGGGUGCCUUUUCCAUGUACACCGGUUUCCUCUACAACGAUGUCUUUUCCAAGACAUUAACAGUUUUCAAGUCAGGUUGGAAAUGGCCUGAUCAUUGGAAGAAAGGUGAGAGCAUUACCGCUACUUCUGUCGGGACAUAUCCUAUUGGGUUGGAUUGGGCUUGGCAUGGAACUGAAAACGCUUUGUUGUUUUCAAAUUCAUACAAGAUGAAAUUAUCAAUUUUGAUGGGUUUCAUUCAUAUGACAUAUUCCUAUUUCUUUUCAUUGGCAAACCAUCUCUACUUUAAUUCCAUGAUUGACAUUAUUGGUAACUUUAUUCCUGGUUUAUUAUUUAUGCAAGGUAUUUUUGGUUAUCUUUCCGUUUGUAUCGUAUACAAAUGGGCCGUUGAUUGGAUCAAAGAUGGGAAGGCCGCACCUGGGUUAUUGAAUAUGUUGAUCAAUAUGUUCUUGUCACCAGGAACCAUUGAUGAUGAACUAUACCCUCAUCAAGCAAAGGUUCAAGUGUUUUUGUUGCUAAUGGCCUUGAUUUGUAUUCCUUGGUUAUUAUUGGUGAAACCUUUACAUUUCAAAUUCUCGCAAAAAAAGAAAUCGCAUGAGCCAUUAGCAUCAACCGAUGCAGGUGCUAGUUCAGAAGACUUAGAAGCACAAGAUUUAAUUACCACAAUGGACGCUGAUGAUGCUGAAGAAGAAGAAGUUGGUUCUGGUUCUCAUGGUGAGGAAUUCGGCGAUAUUAUGAUCCAUCAAGUUAUCCAUACUAUUGAAUUCUGUUUGAACUGUGUUUCACACACAGCAUCCUAUUUACGUCUAUGGGCUUUGUCAUUAGCACAUGCGCAAUUGUCAAGUGUUUUAUGGACAAUGACAAUUCAAAUUGCUUUUGGAUUUAGAGGAUUUUUGGGGGUGUUUAUGACAGUCGCACUUUUCGCCAUGUGGUUUGCACUAACUUGCGCGGUUCUAGUUUUAAUGGAAGGUACAUCUGCCAUGUUACAUUCCUUACGUUUGCACUGGGUUGAAUCUAUGUCCAAAUUUUUCGUCGGUGAAGGUUUACCAUAUGAACCAUUUACAUUCGAGUACAAGGAUAUGGAGGUAGCUGUUGCUAGUGCCAGUUCUGCUGCUGUCACUUCCAGCUAA